AGCGAGCAAUGAAUGCGCAUCUCUUCUGCGUGUGUUUCUCCGUGUUUUGUUAAGGCGGCUGCUGAUCUGAACCUCCACACCUGGAGCUAUCCUGCUAUCAUCGUCAUUGACUUGCACUCUUUGUUCUUCCUCUUCUCUCUUGCUUGGUCGAGAUGCCGUCCUGGCUCAAAAACAUUGUCUCACUUGGUCGUCGACGAAAGGGCUCCACCACUGUCACAAAACAAGAUCAGAGCCACAGUCAAUCCGAUUUCAAAUCCUCUUCUCCUUUAAAGGCGUCCUUUUCAAACGGACAAAAAGUCAACGCCCGAAAGUCACCCGGAUGAAAGAGUUGGUGAACGGAAGAAAGGACAACCGCAGGAAACUUUACCCCGCAACACCAAGGAUAGCGAGGAACAACCCCGCGAUACCGUCAACAUGACCGCCGCCGCCACCACCGUCGUAUUUCCCACGCCAAUGACCGACAAGGCAUCUUCAACCUCCACCUCAGCACCAGACCACAUCCAUCUCAGUCAAAGGACCGGAGACCUCAUCCAAACAUCCGCUCACAAUGACAUCGGGGAUAUUGAGAACGCAGGAAGCGCCAUAAAUCCCAACCAAAUCAUCUUCAUCCUCAACAGUGAAACCGGCGGUUAUCGCAUUUACUCACUCCUCCAAGAGGAGCCAUCGCCUGCCGCCGCCAAGUCUUCCGACGAGAGCGCCGCUGACGACGGCGAGAAGGCCAAGAAGGCCAAGGUCAUCAACGGAAAAGCCGGUGGUGAGGAAAGAGCGACGAAAUCAUCGCCCUUCAAGCUCUCCGUCACAUAUGCGCGAAACUUGCCGGAAGAAUUGACGCGGGAGUUCCUGGUUGAGAAGGCACCAGAGCACUUGGCUGGGGUCGAUGAGUUGCAUGUGAUUGUCUCGACACGGUCGGGGUUGGGGCUGGCGGCGGGGUUCUAUGAGGGUGUUUUGAAGCCGCUGUUGGAGGAGGGGCUUGGGUUUGAGGGUGUUGGUGAUGUGGUUGGUGAGGCUUACGACAAUGAGAAGGAGGAGGAGAGAAAGGCCGAGCCCAGUAAGAGAGAGGACAAAAGAACAUAUCAAAUCACCGUGACCAAAAGCGCAGACACAGUCAAGGAUUUCGCACGGGGACUGGUGUCAUCAUCAUCUUCUUCUCAAGGGAAACAACAACCAAGCAGGACACUCAUCCUCCUGUCCGGCGACGGCGGCAUCAUUGACCUACUCAACGGUCUCGACCAUCCUGGCCAUGGUCACCACACUUCCAGUCAGCAGCCCGACGUCGUCUCUUCUUCACCACCGUCACCAUCACCAACCCCAACCCUCGCCACCCUCCCCCUAGGCACCGGCAACGCCCUCUUCCACUCCCUCCACAAGCCACUUUACACACCAGACGGUCCAUCACCACUAGUCCUCGGCCUCCGCACCCUCUUCAAGCGCGGCGUCUCAGCUCCUCUCCCGACUUUCCGCGCCGAGUUCUCACCGGGAGCCAAGUUAAUCUCCGGUCAGCCGGAAUUUCUUCCCAAUGAUGAAAAUGAGCCCAAGGAUAACCUCUUGUUCGACGUCACCAGCACCAGCACCAGCACCAGCACCAGCACCAGCACCGAAAACAAAGAGGCGAACGCACGACGAAGAAGACCAGAAAUCACCCACCUCCUAGGCGCCAUCGUCUUCUCCUACGGCUUCCACGCCUCUUUGGUGUACGAAUCCGACACGCCCGCCUACCGCGUGCACGGCGACAAGCGGUUUGGCAUGGCGGCUGGGGAGUUAUUGAAGGUGUCGCAUUUGUAUGAUGCCGAGGUUUUUAUUCGUCGUUCUUCUACUUCUUCCUCCUCCUCCUCUUCCCUUUCCUCUUCCCUUUCCUCCUCCUCAGCAACAGCAGGAGCAGCAGCAGCAGGGAACAACAACAACUGGAAAUUGAUACCAAAGGAUUCCCACUCAACCUACAUCCUCCUCACCCUCGUGUCCAACCUCGAAAAAACAUUUUGUAUCUCUCCCGCUUCGAGGCCGUUGGAUGGGCAGUUAAGAUUGGUGCAUUUUGGCUUUGGCGAAGGCGAAGCCAACGCUGAAGUCAGAGGGAAACAAACGAUGGAUAUCAUGAUGGCCGCCUACCGAGACGGGUCCCACAUACACGACCCCGAGGAAAAGUUCAAGGGGGUGGUAGAAUACGAAGAAGUGGAGGAGAUCAAAGUGGUGAUUAACGAGAUGGAUGAGAGACUUGGAUGGUGGGAUCUUGACGGAAGGAUAGUUAAAGAUGGAGUAAAUCUGAGCGAGCAAGUUAUUUAG